GCCAAUUAAAAUUGGAUUCGCUCGCGUGAGCGAGCAGUGACAAUGGAGGAGGCAGACGCGAAACGCCGGCAGAUCUGCAGCCGCUGUGACCGUCCAGCUCCGAUCUGUCUAUGCCACGUCAUACCGGCGGAUCCAAUUCCGACGAGGACAGAGAUCCUCAUCCUCCACCAUCCACACGAGUCACGGCACAAGCUCAACACCACGCCUCUCUUGGUCAAAUCCUUAAGCCAAAUCACCAGAAUCCCCGCCCGCCGUCUCCUCCGGCGACACAUCUCCGACGGAGAAUCUCUCCAAUCAACGCCCACAAUCUACCUCUUCCCGUCUUCUCCUUCCUCUCCCGCCGUCACCAUAUCCGAAUUCAAAACCCUGAACCUCCUGAACCAUCAAGGCGUCUCGAAUCCGCCGCUGAGGCUCAUCGUAUUCGACGCGACGUGGAAGCACGCGAAGGAGAUGGUAAAAGCCAGCGAGGAGGUUCUAAGAGAAGUAGGAGCUGUGAGGGUGUGUUUGGAUUCGGGAAUUGACGCGUCCGUUAGCGGAGGAAGCAUCUACGAGUCGGAGCUGGUGCUAAGGAAGGAGCCAUUCGGGGGAUGCGUAAGCACGGCGGAGGCGGUGGCGCGGUGUUUGAGAGCAAUCGAGCCGGACGGCGAGGAAAUCGAGAGGAAGCUGAUUAGUGUUUUGAAAGAGAUGGUGAGGUUGCAGUCUGAGUACUUGAAACCCAUGAAACCAAGGCCUAAGUUACUGAAGAAGAGAUUUCAGAGUCGACAACAACCAGUGGAAGAUAAAGAAGAAGAAGAAGAAGAAGAAGAAUGAGUUUCGUUCCUUUAUCGUUUAGUUUUAAUUACAAGUUUAGCGGAAUUUUUGCUCUGGAUUGUUGAUGGGAAAUAUUACAUUUGAUCCAUUGUAUUAACUCGUUGUAACUUUCUUACAUUAGGAGAAGAACAAAUAUUCAAACAAUUUUCUUAAAUUUUGUGAAUCUCUCGACACUUUUUGAGAAAGAUCGAUGCGGUGUUUAGUGGAACAGA